CCUGUUUUCUCAAUCCCUCACAUUUCUCAAUCGCUAUACCUUUGAUUUGUAGCUUCUCCCUGAACACUUACAAAUCUCUUUCCAUGAGCUCAGGAAUUUAUGGUAUAGCUCCUGAUAUUAACCGAGGCGAGUACGAUUUAGUACUGAUGGAUGCAGAAGUGUUGGAAAAUGAAACUCUCUCCAUAUCUGACACUGAAAGUCGGCAGGGCCAUGACAAAACUCCUUGGUGGAAUUCAAUAUUUGUAAAGAUUGCCUGUGGCCUUGUUUUAGAAACUGUUUUGGCUGGAUUAAUGUAUUUUUUUGCAAACGACCAGUUGAGGGAAUACAGUGUGCUGACUUCCUGGACCCGUUACUGGUCUAAAUUAAUCACCUUUGGGCUUAUUUGGUGUAUGUCAAUCUUUCUUCGGCGAAAAUCAUCUUCCAAAGUCCUCGUGAUCACCUAUACAUUAAUACUGGGGGUCUUUCUUCUUAUUGAGACGUUUACGAUGAUUUCUAUAUAUAUGGGCUAGAGCUCUUAAUUUCGUGGAGUAAUACAGCCUGACAAAGUACUUGCACCUUGAAACAAUAAGUGCUCAGGGCAUUCAAUUACCGACAGUUCAAUUGGCUAUUCAAGGUAGAUACUGAAUGGAUAUUCCCAUACACCUCAGAUACAUAUCCAAAAGUCGACCGAAAAGGUGACGUCUGACAUUUAUAACAAAUUUAUUAGUAAAUUAAAUAUGGGCUUACACCGGUGACUGAGGGUGCCUCCGACUCUAGCCGUGCAUAUCUUUAAAUUCAUAAUCGCCCUCGAUUUAUUUCUCGCAUUUAGUCAAUGCCAAUAGGAGACUAAGGUAAGUU